AGAAGGACAUGAUUUCAUCACUUCAUUGCCGAAAACAGAAUAUUUCUACAAUCACGUUCAUAUAUUUAUAUACAGUAUGUAUAAGUUCAUAUUCGAUCAACCAGGAGUGAGAGUAUGCAUGCACACUGUAGCUUGCGCGAUCGACCCAUCGGUCACGCGUAGCAACGUGUUGAUGUAGUAUCGAUGUAGUAACGAACGAACAGAGUGCAGUUUAUUUGCACACAAACGGGCGUACGUUUAUCGAGUUGCGAGUAUAGCACGACGGGCGCGUGUUUUAACGCAAAGUGUCAUCUAUCACCUCGGAGAAUCAGAAUCGGAAACGGAAUGACCGGAAUCGCGAGCGCGACCGGUCUCUUGUCCGCGCGAAUUCGGCCGAUUCGCCGGCCCAAGCCCAAGAGCGUGGAAUUAUCCGGUUGCACCAAAGCGGCACCGUUCGCCCUCCGACCGUUCGCCGGUCUCUUUAAUCCUUAUCCCUAUGGUUGCUCGGUGUUGUGCAAUCAUCCAGCAGAUUGCGAGGCGAAGGAGGUGGUGCGACGCGCUAAGGAUACAUGGGCGACCGAGGGGAAAGCUCUUUUGCUGCCGGAGGAAAUGGAAAUGAUACGGACGAGUCUACUGGCGAUGGGCGCGGGCGGAGGCGUAGGUGAGGCUGGAAAUGUCGGAGGUAACAGCGGUGGCGACGGUUACAAAGUUACCGAGGUGACCGCUUCGGCGGUGCCCGAGGAGCUCUUCCGGAAAUACACAGAAACCGAUUCGCGACCUUUGACCCCGGCGCCCACGCUAGCCAGCGGACCUACGGCAUUAACCAGCCGCGCAACCCAGGAGGAUUUACCUGCGCCUUGUAAUCCGCGCGAGCGCACCACCCUGGUCCUGGAUCUCCGAGCGAACUCGCAAAACCAGCAGGUGGAGAGCGAAACUUUCAGCUGGCAUGCUCUUACACUCGAACUACCGCCGACGCCUCGAAAAAGCGAAAUAUUUGUUUGCAAACCGAUCUCGCGACCGCAACAUUCGGCACCCGCGCCGCCUCCACCGUCACCUCCCUCGCCCAUCGUUGAAGGAUGUGAAACAAGUUCGUCCAAGAAUGCGGAGGAAGAGGCCGACAGCGGCAGCGAGCAGCAACCAGUAAUUAUUCGAAGACGGGGAAAGCGAUUGCGUAAAAGAAAGUGUAGGAGGGGCUCGACUUACGGCCAGCAAACGGAAGUUCGCGAUCCGCUCGAGCCUGCGGUAACCCAGGUCUCGCAGAUCGGAAAUGGAUCACGGCGACCGUCGCUUCAUGUGGAUACUGGCGAAAUCGAUGAUUCGGCGACUCCUAAGAAAUCGCCCGCGCAAGCAACGAGUCACACGAUACCUUCGAGCUUCCUCGCACCUGACAUUCUAAAGCACUUAUGUCGAGAACUAGAUCGCGACAAGGUGGAGGCGGAAUUUUCAAUCAAGAAAAGAAUCGCCUUGGAGGAAGCAUUAAGAGUGAAAGGUGACGCUUAUUCAACCCUGCGCGGAUCUCGACAAGCUAGUGCCAGUUUGUUGGCACAAAACGCUCCCCGAAUAUUUUCCCGUCAAGCGGCGCGGUUUGAGUUACUCGACAGUCAAAGUCUUCGAGGAUUAAAGCCAAUUCAAUACCUUACUAAGCACGCGUACGUCACAUCGGGAAGAAAACAAAUAUUCGGUCGAAUAUUCAACAAAUUUAAUGAAGACUCGUUGCACAGCGCACGACGCAUUUCGCCGACCGACGUUGAAGAGGCCCUUCAGGAAAUGAUUGGGAAGGCGUUGACGGACGAGCAGAGAUCUUAUCUGAAGUCUGUUAUAGGAGAUAUAACGGAGUCGCUGGGCUUUAGGGAGUGGUGCGGACUGUGCGCUGCCGUCGAGAGGCUGUUGUGUCCUCUGCCGUCGAAGGAGACCGAUCCGCCGGCAUGGCUCGAAAGAGCGGACUUUGAAGCUCUAGAACGAAGACUCAAGUCAGUCGAAUCACUAGACUCCACACUGGCAUUAUUGUUGAAGGAGAUUCGUGACAGAUAAAAUAUGACAUAUUUCUUCUUAUACAUAUUCUUUUAUCACAGUGAUUGCUAAUUAUAAUAUUCGUAUCGUAUCGUAUCUUACGAACAGUUUAAUAUGCUAUAAUUGUUUAAUGUAUCCUAAAAAAUAAAACUUUUUUCACGGUUCUAC